AUGAAUCCAAUAUACCUUCUUUUGGAAACUUUAGGACUCCUGACAGGCUUUGUAAAUGCAGGAAGCAUUCAGCCUUAUCCGAUGUCAGACUCAGAUAUUUCCACUUAUGCUUCGUUUAGGAAAGGAGAUAUGAUUCCAUUGGAGUGCACCAAGAGACAGAUAGAUACGGGAGAGCAUUUCUUCGACGAGAAGGGAAAUAUUAUCUACAUAGAUUUCCCUAUCUGCCGGGAAACAAGGAAACCUCCUCUGCUAUAUUUUGGUGUCGACCAACAGUUCAAAUGUACUAUCCAUUUCGAGGACAAAAUCUAUCAUUUGUUCCAGUUAUAUCUUCACCAAGAUGCUCCGUUCAGUUGCCGAUUACCCGUGAAGCCGGAUUCCGCAAUGUACAUACCGUUUACUGUUCAGAUGAGGGGAGAUGUAUUGGAAUCUCAUUUCAACCUUGAUCCAAAUGUCAAUUUACUACUCUUCAGCGAUAAUCUCCAAGACGGACAGAUUGUCUCUGGAACAAGUUUCUCUUCUUCGGUUAACACCACCAGGGUGAUUAUCGGAGACUUUGUGGAGCUCAAUUUCGAUGUCAGAUGGACAACUUUGAAGCAGAUACGGGAGGGUACUGAAGAGGAGGACGAGAAGAAGGGUAUUGUCACCUAUAGACUACCCGAAGACUUCACCGCAUUCUGGUAUUCGGUGAUAGCCGUCAGUAGUAUUCUAUUAGGCUCGAUAAUUACUUUGGUGUUCUCUUACAAACGGUUGAAUCGUAAGCUACACGCUAGUUACAUUGAUAAGGUGGAGUGA